UCAGAACACGUCAAAACUGAAACCGGGUGAACCUGAUCUAUCAAUCAUUUUGAUUUUUGACAAUUACUUUAUUUUCCUUCUAUGUAUGUACCUACUUUACAAAAAAUUACCCGAUAUCCGAUACAAUAUUUCGUAUAACAGUUUUUGAGAACCUUCGCGCAACACCUAUUUUCUAAUUAUGAGCGAUUUACCAUUUACAAGGACUGAAAUCGUCAGUUUAGUAGUGAGACUAACCCUAGUGUCUGCAGUUACUUUUUGGAGUAUCAAAUGGCUAUUGAACCAGGUAGAUCCCACUAGCAAGAGCAAGAAAAAAGCUAGGAAAGUGGCUGAAGAGCAGUUGAGAAGGCUUGGACCCCAUAACAAUCAAGUAGUUCCCGUGGCCACACUUACCGACUAUGAAAUGAUGAUCGCUGCCCAUUUAGUAAACCCCAAUGACAUCAAAGUUUCCUGGAGGGACAUUGCUGGAUUAUCAGGUUUAAUCGAUGAAUUGAGAGAAACGGUCAUUUUGCCAAUCCAACGAAGAGACUUGUUUCUUGAUUCUCAUUUAACUUCACCACCAAAGGGAGUAUUGUUGCAUGGACCACCUGGAUGUGGAAAAACUCUUAUAGCUAAAGCAACAGCUCGAGAAGCUGGUACCUACUUCAUCAAUUUGGAUUUGUCGAUUUUAACUGAUAAAUGGUACGGCGAAAGUCAGAAGCUAGCUGCUGCAGUGUUUACUUUGGCGGUCAAGUUGCAGCCCUGCAUCAUCUUUAUAGACGAAAUUGAUUCGUUCUUAAGAGCUAGAAACAGCAAUGAUCAUGAAGCCACUGCAAUGAUGAAAGCACAGUUUAUGUCCCUAUGGGAUGGUUUAAUCACUGAUCCCAAUUGCACUGUAAUCAUUAUGGGUGCCACUAACCGACCUCAAGAUUUAGAUAGAGCCAUUCUCCGCAGAAUGCCAGCUACCUUCCACGUUUCAAUGCCAGAUGUAGCUCAAAGGGAACAAAUUAUUCGCUUGAUUUUGGACAAUGAGCCAAUAGCCGACGAUGUGGAUAUAGAAGUAAUUGCUAAAAGCACCAACGGUUUUUCUGGUUCAGAUUUGCGUGAGCUUUGUCGAAACGCUGCAGUGUACAGAAUUCGCGAUUUUCUCAGAGAAGAGAUUCAACAAAUAAAUUCACAGGCAGCCAGAGAAAAGAACAGUCCGGAAGAAGAGCGUUUUCAGGAGGCUCUGCGACCGAUAACUAUGGAGGAUCUUAAAUAUUCCUUUAGUAAAAUGCGAGAAAGCAAAAUUCAAUGUGGUUCCUUGAACAUUUCGCAGAGAAUAGAUCUAGACUAGCUAGCGUGGUUCCAGGUGUUGAAUUCUAUCGGUAGCGAGUUUAAAGUCUACGAGAAUAAGUGCGACGAGUUUGCAUCAAUUUUUGAGAAGUGUAGUAAAUAUAAAAAGUCAACUAGUCUAAAUUAACAUGGAUAUGCGAAGUGUACAUAAAUAGUAAAAGCAUAUAUAUGCGGCACAUUGAGUUGAGUAAUACUUAAUUAUGUUUGCUGCGUCUAGACACAAAACGUUAUGAGUGUUAAAUCGAUUUCUUUCUAAUUUUUGGAAUUUUUAAUUGGAAUUAAUUUAUUAUUUUAUAUCUGAACGGAAAUUUGUUUGUUACCUUGUCACGAGCAAUUUUGCGCAUUUUAGAUUGUUCUAUAAAUUUAUUAAUCGGGCAAUUAUCUAGGGCAGUAAAAGUCUUAUUUUGUUUCUUUAGACUGUUAAUGCUUGUUAGCUAGGUAGUUUUAGUGAGUAAAAAAAAUAAGAGUCAUGUUUAUCUUCAAAUGAUAUUUUUCGUGGAGAUAAUGGCUAAUACUUUAUACGCAUUUCAACCUACGUACGUUUGGUACCAGUUGUUGUUUUGUUAAUUCGGCACUAUUAGUGCUAAUGUAAAUCUGAAACAAAGGUUGUUUUAAAUGUUGAUCCCAUAAAACUACUAUUGGUCGUC